AUGUCUGUUGCGUCCGUCGCACUUCCACGUGAUUAUAUUUAUGUACGUCCGUCGCACUCCCACGCGAUUAUAUGUAAUGCUGCAAAAUAUUUGAUAAAUGCUGUUGGUACUCUGGCAAAUUUCAUUGCUGAGACAAAUGAAUGUUCAGUACACGUUCUAAAAGCAAACGGCAUUAUUAUUAAAAUUGGUGGAGUAAAAUUAUUUAGUGCUAAUGAUAAGACACAAGUACGUCCGCCACUUGACUGUAUGUA